CUAAUAAAACCCAUCAAAACUAUCAGGAAGCUAAACUUAUCCAUAUUACAUACUUAAACAAUAUGGCUGGUCAUCAUAUAGCCAAAUACAUUCGUCACGCUCCAGUUGCCAAGCCCCAUGUUGACUUUAAAGUCAAGUGGGCUUCUAAAUUUUUAGGUGCUACUAUGUGGUUCUACAUUUUCUACAGAAUUAAGGAAGAUGGUCCAGUUAUCUUUGGACAAAAGUUACCAUUCGAACAUCAUUAGUUUUUAUACUUCCAAUGCAUUCAUAUCAUUUCUUCAUGUAUAAUAGAUUUCAGUUUUAUACGCCAUAUUUCAUUUCCUGACAGUUAUAUAUAUAUUAUAUUAAGUUAUACUAUUAAUAAAUCAUUACAUUUUAUUUAUUACUAUUAAAAACA